GUGCUCGUCGUCACGCUGCGGGUGGGCGCCGUCGGCAUGACGCUCACAUCCGCGAACCGCGUCUACCUCUUCGAGCCCGCCUUCAACCCGGCGGCCGAGGUGCAGGCGGCCGGCCGCAUCCACCGCCUCGGCCAGACCAAGGACGUGCUCGUCACGCGCUUCGUCUACCGCGACUCGAUCGAGGAGAACAUU